CGUGGAUAUAUAUAUAGGUAGUCUAUACCGCAUGCAAGCCACACUUCGGUUCAUUCAUUCGACUCAUCCACACGGUCCACUCACGCUCGACAAAGUGACACAGAUAUUGCGUCUAUUCCUGUUUAUCUGCUGAGUGCAAAUUUGCUAACACUACUGAAUGCUGAUAUCAACAUGACUCGCUUCGCGAGAGGAGCAAACGCCAACAAAAAGAAACCCCUUGAUGCAUCAACAUGGGAACAGAUGACCCAAGAUCAAAAGAAGCAAUCAGGCAAGGACGACUCCAGUACAAGAACUAAACAAGACCCUACUCAUUCCAUCCAGAAGCCCCAAAGUACAUUGAAGAGGCCAGGUACUGGUAAUAGCAGUAUGCGUGUUGAUAAUAAACAUGUUGGUCAGAGAAGCCAAAGUGGAUUUCAUAAAAAAGCCAGUGGCGAAAUGAAAGAUGCUGUCAGGAAGUCAAGACCAGUGUCGUCAAGUAGCGGUAAAUCAAUCAUCGAUGUCUUAUUGGAGGCAGAUAAAGCGAGAGAUUGUGAGGUAAAGGAUGAGGGAAAUAAGUCGGUGGGAGACGUGAAGCAUCGAAGCAUGGAUACUCCAGAACUUGCAGCAAAGAAGGAGCAGAGGAGCGAAGAGAGACGAUUAAAUAGGCAGAAGAAGAAAGCAGACAAUAUGAUGUGUUUCCACUGUCGCCAACCAGGCCAUGGUGUUGCUGAUUGUCCGCAGAUGUUAGGGGACGUUGAACAAGGUACUGGCAUCUGCUAUCGCUGUGGCUCGACAGAGCACGAUGUCAGCAAGUGCAAUGCCAAGGUGGAUAAAAAACUAGGUGACUUCCCGUAUGCCAAGUGUUUCAUCUGUGGACAGACGGGCCACUUGUCCAGAAUGUGUCCAGACAACCCCAGAGGUCUCUACCCAUCAGGGGGAGGGUGCAAGGAGUGUGGAUCGGUGGAGCACAAGUGGUGGAACUGUCCAGUCAGGCAGCCAGUCAAAGGAGUUGAUGUUUCAGAAGCAAGCCUGGCUGUCACAGGAGUCUAUACAAGUGCCGAUGCAGAGCCAGCGUUCAUGUCAAAACCAAAGGUUAAAGCUAAGAAGACUGGACCUAAAGUUGUCGUUUUCUAAUGUUGGCAGAUUUGCAAAGCAUCUCAAUUAUGUUCAGGCUUCUACCUAAUGUACAUGUCCUAAUUAGCUGUAUUAUUUAUUUAUUUAUUUAUUGCACCUGAAUUGCAAUACAUGUAGUAUGAUAUAUAAUAUACUUUGACAACCGUUAUUGUCUCAAAGUUCAUCAGAGAAAUCUCCCUUGAUACUGUGUCUGAUUUU